GCCUAUACCUAUAUAAAAAAAACUUAAAUUUUUCUCACCAUUAAUCGUACUAUAAUAAUAUUAUAUUAUUAAUUUUAAACUACGUUUUUGAAUUUUUAUAUUUAAAAUGUUGCCAAACAUAUUUCUUUGUACAAUUUUGUGUGCUGUAAUCGCCAUCACAAGAGCUUCGAAUAUUUUAGUGUUUAUGCCGAUGCCGUUUAAAAGCCAUAUUCAUGGAUUUCAACCGUUGUUUGAAGAGUUGACUCACAGAGGACACAACGUAACCAUAGUCAGUUCAUUUCCUCAAAAUCGCCAGAUUGCCAACUACACAGACAUUGGACCAUUUUUUAUCAAAGAACCUGAAAGAAAUGUUAUGGAUAUAAUGAACACGAACUUUGUGACGUCGGUUUUGUCGGUAUGGGACCUUGGCUUAGAAUUGUCCAAAGUCUUGACACAUAAAUCAAUGGUGGACUUCCUCCGAACAAAUUCUGACUCGUUCGAUUUAAUUAUAAUAGAAUCGUGUUGUCAAGAAUAUACUGUGGCCUUGGGCCAUAAAUUCAACGCCCCUGUUAUUAAUAUGGUGCCUGCCAUGAUGUGGAGCAGUGUUAGCAAAUGGCUGCACAUCCCUUCCACGUUCUCUUACAUACCGAACACCCUUUUGGGAACAACGAGCGAUAUGAGUUUCACUCAACGAUUAAAAAACACCAUUACUGGGAUGAUGCAACUGUAUGUAGAAAAUUAUUUGUAUUUACCUAAAAUGAAAGAAAUAAUGGAUACACACUUCAUAUACAAAGGAUGGGAAUCUAGGCCUUCACUUGAAGAUAUGUUGAAUAAUGUAUCCUUAACACUAGUCAACGCUCAUUAUGCGAUCGGUGUAUCCAGACCAUAUCUUCCUGGUGUUAUUGAUGUAGGUGGUAUGCAUAUCAAAGAGUCCAAAUCUCUGUCUGGUGAUCUUCAAACUUUUGUAGAUUCAGCAGAGCAUGGAGUAAUUUAUUUCAGUUUUGGCUCGGUGAUUAACUUAAAUCACCUACCUCGAGAAAAAUUGAAUAUCUUUCUUGGCGCAAUUGAAAAAUUAAAACAAAAAGUAAUACUAAAAUGGGUACCAAAUUCUACAGUUAAAUUAUCUCAAAAUGUUAUGACUGGUUCGUGGUUUCCUCAAAGUGAUAUUUUAGCUCAUCCAAACGUCAAACUUUUCAUUACUCACGGAGGACUACAUAGCUUAGAAGAAACCGUUUAUUACGCAAAACCUAUAGUUGCUGUACCAUUUUUUGCUGAUCAGUUUUUAAACAUGAAAUUUGUAGAGAGAAAGGGUUAUGGUAAAGUAGUAGAUUUUUUAAAAAUGACUGAAGAAUCGUUUGUAAAUUCCAUCAAAGAAGUAUUGUCAAAUCCAACGUUUAAAAAGAAUGUAGACAUCCAGAGUAGCAUCUACAGAGAUGAGCCUAUGAAACCUUUAGAUCGAGCUGUCUACUGGAUCGAGUAUGUUAUUCAGAAUGGAGGAGCUGGACAUCUAAAAAGUGACUCAAUAGGGUUAAAUGAUGUACAGUAUUUUUUGUUUGACGUAUUAUUUAUAUUACUGAUACCAAUUAUAUGUUUAAUUUGGUCAUGUUAUUUUAUUGUAGUGAAAAUUACUCAUUUUUUGAAACAAAUAGCAGAUCAACAAAAAAAACAGUCUGAAAUUAUUCACAUAAAGCUAGUUAAAAUGAAAAAUUAUAAUUUUAUCAUAUGGAUUUUUAAAUUUCUUACCUUAAUCACUGCUGCACAAAGUGCUAAUAUACUUGUUUUUGCACCAAUGCCGUUUAAAAGUCACUUUAGUGGAUUUCAACCAUUAUUCAUAGAACUUGUUAAUAGAGGACAUAAUCUUACAGUAGUUAGCAUGUUUCCAAUGAAGACACCGUUGGCAAACUACACAGACAUUCCAAUUCCAGUAGAUGAAAGUAUUUUAAAAGGUAUCGAUCCAAUGGAGUUGGCUAGUCAUGGUUUUUUAACAGUAAUACCUGGUAUGUGGUAUAUGUCUACAUUUAUAGCUCCAAAAAUAGUUUCCAAACCAGAAAUGCAAAAUUUCAUUCUAUCCGAGGAUUACACAUUUGAUCUAGUAAUGGUUUUCUCAUUUUGCCAAGAAUACACAAUCACACUAGGCCAUAAAUACAAAGCACCAGUUAUUAAUUUAGGCGUUUCGAUGUUGUGGCCAUCCAAUAGUAAAUGGAUUGGUGAACCAUCUACAUUUUCAUACAUACUUGAUCAACGAACCAGAGUAACAGAUCAAAUGUCGUUCUAUGAACGGUUCAAAAACACUGUCAUUGGAAUGUAUCAAUUAUUUUUGGAAGAUCUUUAUUAUUUACCUUUUCACAAAAAUAUCAUGAAUAAAUACUUUAAGUAUAAAGGUUAUGAAUCUAGGCCUUGCAUUGAAGAUAUGUUGAGAAACGUGUCAGUGUCAUUAAUCAAUUCGCAUUACAGUAUUGGUGUGACAAGACCCUAUCUGCCUGGUACAAUUGAAAUUGCAGGACUUCAUGUGAACGAACCAAAACCAUUAACCGGAAAAUUUUUGGAGUUCGUUGAAUCAGCGGAGAACGGAGUUAUAUAUUUUAGUUUUGGUACUAUUGUGGAUCCAUCAAAGUUACCAAAUUCAACUAUAGAAAUUUUCAUAAACGUUUUAAAGAAAGUGAAACAAAAAGUAAUGUGGAAGUGGAAUUCAAAAAAUCUGCCACAAUUGCCCAGUCAUAUUAUGGUUAGCGAUUGGUUCCCGCAACCCGAUAUUUUGGGUCACCCAAAUGUUCGUCUAUUCAUCACACACGGUGGUGUACACAGCCUCGAAGAAGCUACCUAUAACGCGUUGCCAAUUGUUGGCAUUCCUUUCUUUGGCGACCAACACAUGAACAUGAAAUUAGCUGAACGCAAUGGCAUCGGGAAAAUGGUAGAUCAUGUUGAUUUGAAUGAAAAAUCCAUGUUAUCUGCCAUAAAUGAAGUUCUUAUAAACCCAAAAUUCAAAGAAAACUCGAAGAUACGAAGUGAAAUAUUUAAAGAUAUCCAUCCAAGACCAAUGGACCGGGCGAUAUAUUGGAUUGAAUAUGUUCUCCGUCAUGGCGGGGCUAAUUACCUUACGAGUAGUAGUGUUGAAUUAAAUUUCAAUCAAUAUUUCCUAGUAGACGUUUGUUUUGUAAUUAUUAGCACAACUGCUAUAGGUAUAUUUUUAAUAGUAAUGAUGAUUAAAUAUAUUUUUAAAACUAAAAAUAUCAAUUCUUCUAAGAAAAAAAAAUAA